UUCUUGUUCUUAGUUAUGCUGAGGAAAAGGUCCAGAGCAAUGACAGGAAAGCAAACUUUAAUGGCUGAUCAGAGCUCCCAAAAAUCCCCAGCUGCCCAGAAUUACACUAAACCAAUCCCAUCUUUCUUCGGUUCUCCAAGAUUCAAAGCUUUCACUUCAAAAGCCCUCCCUGAAACCGAAGCUAUCAAGAGCCCUACUUCAAUCCUCGACAACAAACUAUCCUUUCCCUUUUGUAACCCCUUUGCGUUAAACCGCCCGAAACCCAAAAAAUUGUCACCUGAAAAUCCAGAACCGAAAGGCAUCGGGCUUGCUAUACUCGAUACAUUCAUCAACGAUAACCGAGGUGAAGAUAACAGUUCUGGCGAGAAGAAUAACAACAAAAAGGUCUUGUUCGGGACCGAGCUCAGAGUCCAGAUUCCUCCACUCCCACCUACUGAUUUUGGAAUCAAGACCAGGAAUUCAGAUUUAUUGCCAACAUUCGGAUCUCCUGAUUCUGGUAUCCAUAUGAAGGAUUCUCCUUGCAUUCUGGUUACUGAAAUGGAGCUGUCUGAGGAUUAUACAUGCGUGAUAUCUCACGGUCCGAAUCCCAGAACCACACAUAUAUUCAACAACUGCGUGGUCGAAAACUACUGCAGUGUAGCAGAUAAUAAAUCCAAGACUGCAUCCGAAAGUUUCCUUAGCUUUUGUCACACAUGCAAGAAGAAUCUUGAACAGAAAAUUGACAUUUACAUUUACAGAGGUGAGAAGGCCUUUUGCAGCCCAGAGUGCCGAUAUCAAGAAAUGCUCCUGGAUGGAGAGGAGUUCAUUACUGCUUCAAGAAAUUAUUUCUGAAUAUUGCAACCAGAAUCAUUGGAUCCAUACUCUUUUGCCUUUUGUUUUUACCCUCUCCCCUGCAGAUAAGAGAUAGUAGAGGA